AUGAGCCGGGCCGCGAGGAACGACUAUGACUUCCUAAUCAAGCUGCUGCUGAUCGGCGACAGCGGCGUUGGAAAGAGCUGCCUGCUGCUCCGCUUCUCUGAGGAGUCGUUCACGCCCAGCUUCAUCACAACCAUAGGUAUCGACUUCAAAAUCAAGAAGAUCUUUUUGGACAACAAAUGGGUGAAGCUGCAGAUCUGGGACACGGCGGGGCAGGAGCGGUUCCGCACCAUCACCAGCGCAUACUACCGCGGGGCCAUGGGCAUCCUCCUGGUGUAUGAUGUCACCGAUGAGGCGUCCUUCAACAACAUACGCAACUGGAUGCGGAACAUCGAGCAGCACGCCUCGGACACAGUCAACAAGAUCCUGGUGGGCAACAAGAGUGAUAUGGCGGACGAGCGGCGUGCGGUGCCCUAUGCGCGGGGCAAGGCGCUGGCUGAUGAGUACGGCAUCGCGUUCUUUGAGACCAGCGCGAAGGACAACAGCAACGUGGAGGAGGCGUUCACGUCCAUCGCGCGCGACGUGAUGCAGCGGCUGCAGCAGGAGCAGGCGGACCAGCAGGCGGCGUCCGCGUUGUCCCCCAUCAACCUCACGUCGCAGCUCGACAGGGCGAAGCAGCGGAAGAAGAAGGGGUGCUGCGAGAGCUAG